AUGUGUUGCAUUGGCUUGGUAAUCUCAGCAAUAUCAAGCUCUGAGAUAACCACGCAUAUCAUACUUGGCAUUGAUCAACGAGAUGGCGACGAAAAGCUAUCCGAAGCUGGUGCGGCUGCUCUUCAGAAACCGCCCUGCUUCCACCCACCCCGCUUCCCUCGGCUCUGCUUCCUCCCCCCACCACCCCCCCGGCAGAUCAACGAGAUGGCGACCAAGAGCCAUCCGAACCUGGUGAGGCUGCUGGGGUACUGCUUUGACAUGAGCUACGAGGCGGAGCGCAUGGAGCAGAUCGUGGUCUAUGAGUUCAUGGCCAACGGCGACCUCGACCGCUGGAUCGGACCUGUGGUGAUGCUGGCGGUGAUCACGGCUCGCAAGGCCAUCUACAACAUCGAGUCAAACCAAGUCAACCUCAAGCAAUGGGCAGCAUCGCUGGUGGCAGCAGGGGACGUGGCGGCACUAAAGGACCCGCACCUGCAAGCACCGGACGACCUGGUGCUGCGCAUGGCACGCCUGGCGCUCACCUGCACCGCCAUGCCCACGGCGUCUCGCCCGGGCAUGAGCCGUGUGCUGGCAGAGCUGCUGCUGCUCAAGGAGGAGUUCUUCGGGGAGGACGAGGACCGCAUGGCUGUUAGGAUUGACCACGAGAUCGAGAGCUCCGAGCAGGUCGACUUCAGCUUGGAGCUGGCUCGUCUUCAGGGGGUUCAGCAUGGUAGUUAG